AUGUACUUUUCCAAGCUCCUCCUUCUCGUCGCCGAGAUCACGGCAGUGGCCGCCCUUCCCUCGCCAUUGGCUCUCGAGCCGAGGCAGGACGUCGUGGUUGUCAAGAAUGGCAGCUUUAACGAGGUGAUGGGGUUGGGCCGGGAUCUUAGGAUCAACCUGAUUUAUCCAUCUGGAGCCAACGGUGCCGUCAUGGUCGAGUACCAGCACGGCAAGGACCGGUCCCUGCUCACGAGCCAGAACCGCGCCCCGGCCCCUGCGCCCGCGGGCUUCUUUCCCCUCGAGCCAGUGUCGUACCGCAUGACUAUGGAAGGGACCAACGGCGGCAGCAACUUUGACUUUUUGAAGAUCGACUACAUCCUGAACGCAGACAAGGUCGGCAAGCUCAACAUCAGAAACGGCAUCUUCGCCAAGUUCAACAACGGCCAGGGUGCCUUUUCGGUCGCGACCGACGGCCCCCUCGAGUAUGUGAGCAACUCUGAGCGCACGAUGCUUUCGAUGGACUUGGGCAGGAAGGGCAGCUUUGACGGCGAGUGGGGGUUCUUCAUCCCUACGGCGGAUGCCAUUGCCGGUGGGCUUACCACGGCGUAG